UUCAGUUGACGUUGGGAUUUUCUGUAGAACAAGUGUGUUGGGCCGGAUUUUUGAUUGAUGAGUAGUGCAACCGUUUUGGAUAUAGGAAAAGGAAGGUGAUUCAUCGAAAGGUUUCCCAUUCGACGUCCAAAAACGGCGCAACCACUUGGAGGAGAACGUGAUCCAGCAUCGCUUCGAUUCCGGACUGCGGGACCUUUGUUUCCGAAACGCGAUCGUUAAAAAUUAGCGUCCACUUUUUCGCUGCCUAGCUUUUAUUUUAGAAAGCCCACCACUAAACGCAGACCCAAACGGCUGAUUAGACGGAGAGUAGAGCAUUACAAAAAUCAAGGGAAGAUUUGCAACAAACCCGGUCUUAAAGUCGGCGGACCACACGAUGACGUCAAGAUGCAGCAACACAAAUGUCAAACUAAUGCGACGCAGCCGCGGUCACAUUGGGAUGCUAAUUUUGGUGCUGUUGCUUUUGCUGCCCGAAAUGACCGAUUCGCAGCAGCAGCAACAGCUCGGAGGACGUCGAAGGAAUCGUAACGAGCGAUGCCCAAAGGUCCGGGCCAUGCGAAACUUCGAUCUGUCCAGCAUGAUGGGCUUCUGGUAUGUGAUCCAGUAUUUCGCCUCAUCCGAAACCCUUCCGGAGUACUCCUGUAUGCACAGUUCCUUCGCCACCUCGGAUGGGUUUGUAACGAUGAAUUUCACCUACUACUUUUCGGACGAUCCGUUGAAAACUUUCCAACAGGGAAACAUCUCCUGGGUCAUUCCGAACUACAGUCAACCAGCUCAUUGGAUUCACGCCGAGUGGUCUUUCGAAGAAGUCUACAAUACCUACAUCAUCGACACCGACUACAAAUCGUGGGGCCUAAUCAUGCACUGUGCCGAGAAGACCAAAACGCAAAAGUACCUCUCGGCGCUGAUGAUUUCCCGCCAGCCAACCCUAACGCCCAAUGUGAUUAAUUUUCUACGGGAAAAGCUGCCCCGGUACGAUAUCGAUUUGAGUUACAUGUUCAUGAUUCCCCAGGAAAAUUGUACCAUCAACGAGCAGGACCCGAAGAAGUACUUCAAGUAUGAAGCUCUGUAAGGAAGAUUAAAUUUCAUCUCUUUAAAAAAAAAGCAAUGGCUUUCACUUAAUAUUCAAACAGCCUUGUCUGAGUUAUCUGGCAUCACUUCUAAGUUAAUAAAAUACCACCCACAGUCUACAGACGCGGAUUUCU